AGUGCAUUAUGGAUAAACUACAUGCAGGGGAAGAGCGCUUCAGAACAGAAAUGUAAAGAUCUCCCUAAAUGUAAUGUUCGUAUCAGCACCGGAUGCUUUGACAGCCCCAAUCCUAAAUCUGUGCGUAUCUAGAACACCUAGGGGCUGCAAUAAGGGAAGAAACCAGGCUUUUUCAUCAGCUGUCAUUUAAAGCUUCAGCCUGUCUGUACUGAGAUGGGAUUUACUAGCUGACUUCUGAGGUUAUACAAUAGUUCUCUUGGAUGCUCUCGGAUACUAAAAGUUUGAACAGUGCCUCCCCAAGAAGUGUGAUGAGAAAUGGCUUUAGGAAACAAUACCCAGAGAAGUUAUUCCAUCAUCCCCUGCUUCAUCUUUGUUGAGCUUGUCAUCAUGGCUGGGACUGUUCUGCUCGCCUACUACUUCGAAUGCACUGACACUUUUCAGGUGCAUAUCCAAGGUUUCUUCUGUCAGGAUGGCAAUUUGAUGAAACCGUACCCAGGAACAGAGGAUGAAAGCUUUAUCUCCCCUCUUGUGCUGUACUGUGUGCUGGCUUCAACUCCGACAGCUAUUAUCUUUAUUGGUGAAAUAUCCAUGUAUUUCAUAAAGUCGACCCGAGAAACUCUAAUUAUUCAAGAGAAAACUAUUUUGACUGGAGAGUGCUGUUACCUGAACCCACUGCUUCGAAGAAUAAUACGUUUUAUAGGAGUUUUUGCAUUUGGACUUUUUGCCACUGACAUAUUUGUAAAUGCUGGCCAGGUUGUGACUGGGAACUUGGCUCCUUACUUCCUGACUGUAUGCAAGCCCAACUACACAGGAAAUGACUGCCGGACCCAUCACCAGUUCAUAAACAACGGGAACAUCUGCACCGGGGAUGUGGAGGUGAUUGAGAAGGCCAGGAGAUCCUUUCCAUCCAAACAUGCUGCUCUGAGCAUCUACUCAGCUUUAUAUGCCACGAUGUACAUCACAAGCACAAUAAAAACAAAGAGUAGCAGGCUAGCCAAACCUGUGUUGUGUCUGGGUACCCUGUGUGCUGCAUUCCUCAGCGGGCUAAAUCGAGUUUCCGAGUAUCGAAACCACUGUUCGGAUGUGAUCGCAGGCUUCAUCUUGGGGAGUGCAGUAGCUUUGUUUCUGGGGAUAUGUGUUGUGCAUAACUUUAAAGGCACACAUGGAAUUCUUCCUAAGCCGAAGCCUGAAGACCCACGAGGAAUGCCGCUAAUGGCUUUUCCAAGAGUGGAAAGUCCACUGGAGACGCUGAGUGCACAGAAUCACUCUGCCUCCAUGACUGAAGUAACCUGAGUUGGAAGACUGGCAGCAGAACAUAUUUUUUAUUACCCUCCAGUACAAUACUCCAAGACACACAGUUAAUAAAUGUCAAACUGUGAUGACCAGUAUUAUGUUAUGUCUAGUUAGAGGCUGAUGUUUUGUACAUUUUUUGUAUGAGGAAGUGAUGUAGCUUGCCCUGAUUUUUUGUCAGCUUUAAUAUUAUUAUGCCAGAAUUUAAAAGCAAAACAGAAAAACAAAAAAAACCUUUUCUUGUUAAAAGUGUGCACUGAGGAACUACAUCUAUGGAAUUGUUAAUGUUGUUAUGUGAUAUUUGUACACAGAUUCUUUUUUUCUUCAUUUUUGAAUUUAUAUACCUUGAAAUAAAAUAAUUCACUUUUACCUUUUCUUACCAUAAGAAAUGCUUCUACCAGCAGGUCAGAUUCUGAUCUUAGUAACCUCAGCAUAAAUCUGAAGUAAUUGCAUAUAUUUAAUUCAGAUUAAAAUAAUGGUGAUCAGGAAUGCAGCCUGAACGAUAUUAUUAACAAGUGAUAAACAAUCAUCGUUGAUUCAGUGAGCUACUUAAGCUUUCCUUCAUACCAUGGACUUCCGUUACCUGUUCCAUUUCCAGACUACUUGAUGGACUUGAAGUAUAUCCUUAAGCAUCUUACUGAAUCAGAGCCUGAUCUGAGGUAGAAGGAUUGUGCUUGUUAUUGAGGAUAACUAAAACAAUAUGCUCAGUCUGCAAUAUAGACAGAUUGGACAUAAAAAUUUACAGUAGUAGCUGAUAGCAUGUGAGCUAACUAUAUCAUCUCUCUCUAUAUCUCAGUUCCUCCACAAGGCUCAGCCGAAGCUCCCAGUGAAAUUUAAUAAUGGCUUCAGGAAUAGACUAUGGGGAUUUACAGCCAUUGCUGUGAGCCUGAGGCUGGGCUUUAAGUGUUUCAUAACUUCAUCAUCAUAGAGUUGUGGGGUAACCAGUAAUAUUGUGCAAAGAAAAAGUGACACCACUUCUUCAGUGGAGUGGGAAAGCUUGGCAUUCAGACUGGUGUAGCCAGGAAGCCAGUUCUGCCCUGACAGUUGUCAUGGGCACACUGUUUUCCCUGAGGGGCUUUCACGAGUCAUAAAAAUAAGCUUGGCACAGUCUGUAGUAGCAGUCUGCUUUUUUGUAAAUCCUGUCAUGCAGAUUUUAUAUCGAAACUGCUAUUUUACAGGUUAACAACACUGUUUAAGGAAUAAAAUGAGAGAAUUUGGGGGAAGGAGGCACACAAGCAGGAGUCCAUUUGCAAUCGCUAGAAUUGGGGUAAGGGCUUCAUUUCAUGGUUUUCCACUGUUUCUAGGAUUUUCCUGCCUCUCAUUCUUCUAGCACAGUGAUUACUGCUGUAUGUCUCCUUUAAAGAAUGGAACCUCUGUCUGUACUUUUACUGGAAUGUUUACCUCACAUUUCCAUGUUGUUUACUCUUAGCUUUUUUUGUA